AAAUUAGGUCAAAGGCCAUGAGUUCCACUAAAAAAGAGUAUCACUCAACAGAUAUCUAUCAGGUAUGCAAUGGAGAACUUCGGCCAAAGGCUAAUUUCAACUUUGACGCGCUUUUCCGCUCUCCUUAUCAUAAAGUAGUUCCAAGAGGUCGAGGGAAGUAUGAUUUGUACUUAGAUAAAUCAGCACCUGACUUUAACGAAAUGUUUCUAUAUCGAAGUAUUCCUGUGGCCCCCGAUGAUGUUCUUGGGCAUAUGGCUGCAAGCAAUUUGAAAAUACCCAUCAAGGCUCGUGAAGAGUUUCCAAAGGAGAAUCAACUACCUUCAUCAGAGUUACUAAAAGUAUUACACUAUUAUUUCAGUGAAAAGGUAGGAGUUGAACGAGCCAACCACUUGAUGCAUAAGAGUUUUGAUGAAACAGCUUUACUAAGCUUGGGAAUGUUGGUCGAACAGUGGGUGGACGAUCUUAUUGAUGACGACGUGAUGAAAUUAUUUUUAGAAAAGGAUAAUACAGAACCAAAUUUUGUUGCUGAUUUAUUCGAUGAAUCGAGCGAGUCUGAAGAAGAGAGCGAUACGCCACAAGUAGGAGAAGAUGUUUCAGAUGAUGAUGAGUCGGAAACUGAUCCCAUGCAACAAUAUGAUGAUGAUGAGUUUGUUGAGGAUCUGGAUAGCUAUUCUGAUAGGCUGGAUGCAAAUCUGUCAGAUGAAAUGCACAGCGAUGAUAGUAUCUCGGAUGAGAGUAUUGAUGAAUUAUAAUGAAACUGUUACGACCUACUUUAUUCAUAAUUUACGUGUAUAAUUUAUGAUAUGUACUAAUAAUAUACAAACAAUGAUUGCAAGAAAUGAAGAAUGAGGUUAAUUAUUUUCUGGUUCAGCAGAUUCAGAAGCAGAAACGGUGGCAGAAGCAGAUUUACGAGCUUCUUG